GCCGGUCGACAGGCGUCAGUCAGCCUCCAGACGCCAGCCGCCCGACAUGUCUCCGCUCGGACGCGUCCUCGUGCCGCUGGCGCUCUCCCUGCUCGCACUGUCCGACGGUGCUGCCGCCGGGCGUCGCCUCCAGCGCUCGCCGGAGGCUCCGGCUCAGGUCCCGCCCACCUGCCAGCUGAGCCGCAUCAGCUACAACUCCGGCGAGAUGAUCGAGCGGAAGAACCCGUGCGACUUCUGCUUCUGCUACAAGGGCGAGGUGCUGUGCUGGAAGAAGCAGUGCCCGCCGCCGCCCCAGAACGGCGACAAGUGCUCGCCCAAAUACGUGGAGCGCGAGUGUUGCCCGCGCUACAUGUGCGAGGGCAUGGGUGAGAGGUUCAACCUCAUUUAGUUGGCGAGCCUUCGUGACGCCCAAAGGGCCGCCAGCUGUAACAACAGUUGGCUGCACCGUGGCGCGGCGGCGUUAUUAUUGUUAUUAUUAUUUCCGUUUUUUUUUUUUGCUUCUUGCUUGAAGGUUGUGAGAGUGACCGGAAGCGAUGCCGCUGUGACGAACAACGGCGACGGCACGUGAUACGAUGAGGUCCCGUGACCUUGGUGAUCUGAGAUUUGGUCUCUGUGGAGAUCGGACUAGCAGGGGCGUGACGUGGGGGUGCGAGUUGACCCUGGCGGCCGCGCGGACGGCGGCCAGCCCGGGGCGGAGGAGCGACAUUUUGUAGCGAGCGGGGUCAUAGCGGCGCGCAGUGUCAUGGCGCGCGUGGUAUCAUGCGGUGUGUGGCUUUACAGGGCGGUCGACGUCGAAAUCGUCAUGCAGCCUGUGAUAAAAAUUGAGCAAUGCAAGGCGGAAGGUUGGGCUAGAUUGCUCCCACAAGUUUGCAGUUCUGUCUCGGGUAAUGGCGUCCCACACAUCUCAACGUUAACCGAUCGAAGUUCUUCAGUUUUUUUUGUGAGGAGAGUCACGCACGACAGAGUCGAGCACCUAUCCGAAGCAGCGUGCACCCCUCCUUUGGCAUCUCUGUGGCCGCAGAUUUGGUAGCGGAAAGCGGUUGCCAGGUGCUAAAACAAGCCUUCCGCCAAUUGUGUGCUGCAAGUUGGGUAUGCUUCGUAGUAUUUAAUCAAACAGAAUCAUUGAACGUGGCGCAGGCAUACACUGAUGUCGAAAAUGGAUGCGCAUUCCGUUUUAGACGAAUACGUGUUUUGAACCUACUGGCUGCAUGUCGUGUAAGAUGCUGGGCAAUUUUCAAAAUAAAUGCGGAUGACAGUG